CCAAACCAAAAAAAUAUUUCUUGUUCCAAUUUGUAUAUUACCAGCUAUUUAUUUCAAUAUUUAAAGAAAUGUCCAAUCCCUUCACACGCAUGCCCUCGCAGGACGAGCGAGCAGCAGCGACCAAAGUGACGGACUCGUGCGCCUUCAAAGCUGGUUUCAGUGGCAUAGCUGGCUACGGUAUCGGGCUUAUGUUUGGCCUCGUCCUCUCUGGUAUUGAAUUUUCCUCACCCGUCGACACUACGGCGUCAACCAAGCAGCAGAUCAAAACUGUUAUCAAGGAUAUGGGAAAUAAGAGUUUAUCUUCAGCGAAAAAUUUUGCCAUUAUGGCUGCUAUUUAUUCGGGGUCAGAGUGUAUGAUUGAGAGUUAUAGGGCGAAGAACGAUAUUUAUAAUAGCAUUGGUGCUGGUUGUAUUACUGGUGGUACGUUGGCUGCAAAGACAGGGCCUAGAGGGAUGGCUGCUGGAUGUGCUGGCUUUGCUGCGUUUUCUGCCGGUAUCGACUGGUACAUGCACAAGGACGACUAAUGAGAGGCGCUAUGUAUAAAGUAUUUUAUCACCAUUUUAAAAAUAGACACGUUAUUUACAUACAAAAACACAAACACGUGCAUGAAUUUGCUUGCUUAUUGACUAUAUCCAGGCCUAAUUUUGUUUUUAAAACUCAGUUGCCA